UUUUUCGACGCAAUUGUAAAUAACCUCGCAAAACCCCAAAUCGACCACUUUUCUGAGCUCGGGCUUGCGUUCUCAUCCCUGCUCGAAUUGUGAAGCUAUUGCGCCUGCAGUGUCACGCUUUUGUUUAGCGGUAUAUGGGCAAGUGAGGUUUGCGGACCGUGUUCUGGUAGUUGAUCUCUAGCUUGCUUAUUCGACGAGUGCGGGACGGAUCAGAUAGUUCAAGAUGAGGGCCAAAGAAUCCAAGCCUCUGACGAUCGUCAUAAAACUGGGAACAUCCUCGAUAUGCGACGAGAUCACGCAUGAGCCUCGGAUCGCAAACAUGUCGCUGAUCGUCGAGACUGUCGUGAAAUUACGAAGAGAAGGUCAUCGUGUGAUUAUAGUGUCUUCGGCUGCCAUUGCUAUGGGUCUGAAGCGCUUGGAUAUCCCGAAGCGUCCCAAGCAACUAGCUGCUGUACAGGCCCUUGCUGCUGUGGGACAAUGCCGAUUGAUUGCGCUUUGGGAUGAGCUGUUUCGCCAGCUAAAUCAGCCUGUGGCUCAGAUAUUACUCACUCGAAAUGAUAUCGCAGAUAGAGGACAAUACCUAAACGCUGCAAAUACGCUCAGCGAGCUGCUCCAUAUGGGCGUCAUCCCGAUCGUGAACGAGAACGACACAUUAUCAGUCAUGGAGAUCAAAUUCGGCGACAACGACACGUUAUCUGCAAUCACGGCCGGAAUGGCGAAUGCUGAUUAUCUGUUCCUGAUGACGGACGUGGAUGGUCUGUAUACAGAGAAUCCUAGGCUCAACCCCGCUGCGGAACCUAUCGAGGUUGUUUCUGAUAUCAGUCAACUGAACGUUGAUGUAUCUACGGCCGGAAGCAGUGUAGGAACUGGUGGGAUGGUUACAAAGUUGAUAGCCGCGGAACUUGCGACAUCAGCAGGCGUCACGACCAUCAUCACGAAAUCUUCCGUUCCUGGCAACAUUCACUCGAUCAUCAAGUACCUGCGCCAUUUGAACGAACGAGGACGUGAGCCUAGACAUGAGAAAACCGGGAAUCCGACUGUUCCUUCCGAUACCGUUCACACAGCCGAAGACGAGUCGGUUAGUCAGGUACGCGACUCUGCGCGUUCGAGCAGUACCGAGCCUGGCCCGCGAUCAGGCACUCCAGGCCGCUCUCCCUCCCCUCCGCCGAAGCACACCCGGUUUAUUCCCCAGCCCCAUCCUAUUCGCGACCGCCAAUUUUGGAUUUUGCACGGACUGAAGGCGCACGGAACUGUUUACAUCGAUAAAGGAGCUUACAGGGCGAUCACUGGCGCGAACAAAGCGGGUCUUUUGCCAGCGGGUGUGGUGUGUGUCAAGGGCACGUUCAGCGCGUCGGAAGCAGUUUCGCUGAUUGUAGUCGACAAGGUCGCUUUGAAAGCUGCAUCUACCGACGCCGAACGGGAGGCUGUGUUUGCGGCGGGGGAUGAUAUAGGCAAGGCGAUUGUGAACUACUCGUCGGUUGAGAUAUCGAGGAUAAUGGGUUUGAAGAGCUCUGAGAUUGAGUCGCUGCUUGGAUACUCGGACUCGGAGUAUAUUGCUCAUAGAGACAAUCUGGCGUUUGCACCGAAGCAUGCAUGAGUUGUAUACAUUUAGAAGUAGAAUAAUAUGGCUGUAAAUAGUGUUUGAUUGUAGCACUGUAUGAACUCAUUUGAAAUUGUUGGGCACUUUAUGCUUACGACAAUGGAUACCAAAUAAAUAUAAUAUUUAUUCAUUAAAUACUACGUCUGG